AUGAGUCACGCGGUAUCGCACGGCGCGCGUAUCGCGCCCGUGCCGUCCACUUCGUCGCGUCCGGGGCGUGAUCGAGCGUGUCAUCAGACGAGACGCUCGCUCCACAGGCAACAGUACCAGUGGUGGCAGGAAACUCCCACGCCGAAGGCGAACGACAUUCUCGAGAGGCUGACGGAAGGCUCGAGCCUGACCAGAGCGCUCACCGCGACGCUGGAGUUCAGCGUGGAGUGCACCAUACAGGCGUACAAGGACGCGGGGAGGACGGACCCGCUCGAGCGGUGCCUGACGUACGAGCUCGGGGAGAACCUCCUGAGGAGGAGCGAGAGAAACGAAAUAGAUGGCUUCGGGCCGAGGGCGAUGCUGGAUAAGGUGCUGCGCGGGUCGGACCUCGACCCGGACGCCGCGGCGGAAACCCUCGCCGCUGAGCUCAAGCGACGGUUCGCAUCGCGGCGGAGCAGGCUGAGGGACGCGUGCGUGUGCAUCACCUGGCGUGGGACGCACACCAACCUCAGCACCUUAAACCGACGAGCCGUCCUGGACGUAUCCACCGCCCUCUCGCUCGGCGAGGAUGACUUCGAGGCUACCCUGGCGACGGUGACGUCGGUGGCGCAGGCGUGA